CGAUCACUGAGACUUGCCUAUCUGGGUUUGGGGAUGAUCGAACUUGAUCUGUUUCGGACAAAGUCAAUGAUCCAUGAUCGACGAGGCGUUUUUGGCGUGGGCCGUGGAUACGAAGGAAAUUGCUCAAGUUGGUCGUGAUCGUAAAGAGGGGUUUGUGAGUGUUCAGCUUCGACAAGAUGAAGUUUCUCUGUCUGCACGGUGCCAUUGGCAAUACCGAGAAUUUCAGCAUCCAGCUGCAGCCACUGGAAAAGGAGCUGGCCGCUCACAAUGUAGCAUCCUUCCAGUACAUCAAUGGCCCAUGCGUCGUUGAUCCACCAGAAGGUUUCGAACAAUACUUCGGUGCCGGCCCUCAUUAUCGUUGGUUCGAUGAUGGCGGUGCGGCCGAACAGAGCAUGAUCACUCGAAUUCGCAAACUUCCCAAUGGCGAGACACCCGAAGAUGUCAUUCGGGCAUCAGCUUCUUCGAGCAACAUGACCACCAUGGAGUGGCGCAAUAAGACUCAGUUGCUAGAUCUCAUUUACGAGACACUGGAAAACGAUCCAGAAAUCCAGGGUGUCAUAGGGUACAGCGAGGGCGCCGGGUUCGCGGCGUCAUUGGUCCUCGAUGAGAUGGAUCGAUUCCAGAGAGAAGGCCGACCACGAAGGCUGAAAUGUGCGAUGUUCAUUACUGGAUGGCCACCAAUUGGACCAAGCGGAGGCAUCGUGCUUUCUGAUGAGACUGACCUGAAGCUGGACAUUCCUACCUUGCAUGUGAUUGGAGCAUCAGAUCCGUACAAGGUCGGUGCGAUCGCAUUGUUCAAUGUGUGCAACCCAGAUACAGCAAUGCUGUUUGAUACUGGCAAAGGACACACGAUCCCCCGAGCUGGCCUUGUGCUGCAAGAAUGGAGAGAGGCGUUCGAGGAGACAAUCGCAAUCGCUGAAAGAAACUGAGAAAAGGUGAUAUGCUUUCGACGACGGCGUUGAUCUACCUUUGUGCUCCCUUCCAGCCUGCACGCUCCAAGCCACUCAGGACCACUUCGUCCGGCGCAACUUGAGCAACAGCAUGGAGCUACAUUGCCACCGAAGCCCUGUAGAAUUCUGAGCAGCCGAUUCAAAUGCGCAACUCUCCAACUUUCCGUGCAGCCUUCGCAGCACACCUUCCGCCCGAUUAGCU